UAUAUAUAUAUAUAUAUAUAUCUGCUGGCUCUAAUGAUCAAUUUUUUUUUUCAUGAUGCACAACAUUUUCAAAAGUUAAUGACACUACAUUUGUGAUGUAGAGGUUGAUGACUAAAAGCUCUGAAGUGGCCAUAGAGAAUUUAAACAUCUGUGCACUUUAUUAUAUAUCCUAAAAGAUAAGUAUUUUUACAUUUGUUGAAGAUCAAUCUAUACAUGAGCCCAAGACUUUUGUUAGUGCCUAAAAAUAAGUCCAAGCGUUCCUAGAACUAAGCCAAUGAACUGAAUUUCCCUUUGUGUGGAUAAAACAGCCAGAAGCAUUAAUCAGAUGUAGAGGUAACAGUGUAUUCAUUUGGCUUUAGAUUUGCAGAUUUAAAUGCAGUAUUUUGUGUGGUUUCUGGAAGCAGCUAAUAAACUGUCAAUGAGCUUGAUAUGUCCAUACAAUUAUUAUUUUUUGACAGCACAGUAUUAAUGUAUCGGUACUGAAUACAUUCAUUAAAGUGUUUAUUACUGAGUGGUUUCGUUGUUUUUGGUGGGGGUGGAGGACUUUGCUAUGCUUGUCCCCGACUGACUGAAGGCUGAAUCGAUGCUGCGGGUGACGUCAUGGUCGUUGUUUCGAAUGUCGGGAGCUAGCGCUGGGUAAGAGGCCGCGCGCUCUGCUGGGGGGGACACAACUUGUACAAAUCUGAAGCCCAAGGUCGUCGGCAGCCCUCGGUACCUCGAAUUCCAGGAAUAUCCCCUCCCAUCCCCCUUACCCCCUCUGUCAGAGCAUGGCUCAGGAGACCAAUCAGACACAGGUGCCAAUGCUUUGCACUAUGGGAUGCGGUUUCUAUGGUAACCCCCGCAACACCGGCAUGUGCUCGGUCUGCUACAAGGAACACCUGCAGAGGCAACAGGGAGGGGGGCGAUCCAGCCCCCCGGGCGAGAAAGCUGUUACAUCACCAGCAGGUUCGCCGGGGUCGGCUGGUGUGGCUGUGGAGAGCACGACCUCAGAGCCCGGCACAGAGGUGGCCGGAAUCCCACCCGAGGAGCAAACGGCCAGGCCCAGCUCCCCCAGCCCAGUAACUCAACAGAUGACCGCUAUGAGCAUCUCCCAGGACUCGGGAGCUGUAGACUCCGAUCGAGCGGAGGCUGAGGAGGGAGAGGAAGAGGGGACUUCCAACAGCUCAGAACCAGUGGAGGAAGCAGCGCAGGCUUUGUCUGAUAACGACCAAACUCCAGAUAAAAACAAGAAAAAGAACCGCUGCUUUUCUUGCCGGAAGAAAGUGGGCCUUACUGGCUUUGACUGUCGCUGCGGGAACCUGUUCUGUGCCAUUCACCGUUACUCUGACAAACACGACUGUCCCUACGAUUACCGGAGUGCAGCUGCUGCCCGCAUACGCAAGGAGAACCCCAUCGUGGUGGCUGAGAAAAUACAGAAGUUAUGAGGACUGAGCGCAAACAGAAAAAAAGUCUCUGACUUUGUGAAUCUGAACAAUGGCGACUUGGAUGAAAAACACCUGAUAUCAUGGCUUCAUUUGUUCAUGGCAGACUAAGCCGGGGCGGGGCGGUGAGGUUGCAGCCAUGACGCUUCCCUUACCGGCCUCUCCCUCUCUCUCUCUCCACUAUUGACUGCGGAUGAAUCUGAGCGCUUCUGUGUGUGUGUGUGUGUGUAUGUGUGUGUUUGUAUGAAAGUCAGUGUGUGCACAUUUACUUGAGAGUCGGGGAGAGUGCCGUAGGGGCCUGGUGGACGUUAGUGUUGCUGUGGGGAGGGAAGGCAUUUGAUUUUUAGCCCUUUUUUGUUUCUCAUCUUGGGGGGAUCGUGUGGUUUUAUUUUUAUACAAUCCCUGUAAGGCAGUUGAAAUGAGAUGGGGGUAAGCUGAGGAAUGUGUCACAGCCUGAUUAAUGGCACAGAGGUCAAUUAAGAAGUAAAAAAAAAAACGAACUCGGAGAUUUCAUCUAUCAGCAAGACCUUUUAAGGGCUUUGGAAUAUAUGUAUAUAUAUAUAUAUAUAUAUAUAUAUGUGUGUGUGUGUAUAUAUAGAUAUAUAUUCUCCCCCACCCCAGACUGAAAAUGAUGUCAACUUAUUGUCAAAUUGGCAUACUUUUUUUUUUUUCCCCUCCCCCAUCCUCUUACCUUUUCUCUAUGGGUCAUCAUACGUUGAACUCCCAAGUCUUAGCAUUUUCCAGAAACGUUUCUCUUUGAUAUAUUGACUUAUCAUACUGAUAUUGGGUGCAUGAACAGUUGUUGGAGGGGGGAGGGCAAGGAUCGGGGAAACUGAGAACCUUGACUUAACGGAGUGAUUGAAUUCUGUUUCUUUUCUCCUUUUUUUUUUUUCCUGUUUUAAUGAGCGUAUGACAUCAGAAGAUCUAUAUUAAUAUAUUGUAGUUAGCUUGAAUUGUGUGAUUGCAUUCUAUUUAUUUUUUAUCGUUUGGUUGGUCUGUGCUGGAGGAUUGGCAGCAUGUGUCAGCAAAUCGUUAAGAUUUGCACUUAACCAUUUCAUUCAUAUUUAAGUAAUUCCAUCUUGAUUAUAUAACCAUUGAAUAAAAAAUACACAAGCUUUGACAUGAUGGAGUAGAGUCCAGUUAAGCCGUUACAGUCACAAUCGUGCAGUAAAAAUCUCCAUAGUUCUGGAAUUUUGGAAACAAAGCACAACAAAUUGUGUCGACUGCAGAGCACCAGAUCCUGUGCCACACCUACUCAGUUUUGUUCAGCAUCCGGGUCAUUUGCCGUUUUUAUUUUAUCUGUACAGCAGGCUCGCUGAAGAAGUUGCCUGAUCGAUGAGACGUUCCGUUUAAGCGAGGCCAUGUUCCCCCUUUUCCGUUCCAUGAGGGGGAAGCUCCUUGUUUCUCUAACCACCAGCAGACCACUGACACAUGCUGAAUGAAAACUGACCUGGGUUCGCGGUGACUCUACGCGCUGACGACUCCACCUUCCGCUCAGCUAAAUGAAGCGCAAUGCUAAGGAGUCGCGUGCUGUGCUUUUUUUGCAAUGUGCUCGGAUUCAGACGAGUCCAGCGAGCUUCCUCUAGGAUGAUCAAACUUACCUGCAUGUGUGCAGUCAAACAUACCAGUUACUGUUUCGUAACCGGCUGCACAGUUUUGAAAUGAAGCUGGAAUGUUUAUUAUAGAAAGCCACACAGCAGUAGCACAAUGCAUGGCUGGAACCGUAAGGUCAAGUUAACAGGGCUCUACCGUUUUGUUUUGUUUUUCUCCAUAUGUAAAUACCAUAUGGCUCCUAUUCAUAUAGUAUAAUCUUAAUGUAGAUUUCUGCCAGGUAAUAAAGGUGGGGCACUAAGGUGAAGAAUAGUACUAUGUGUAGAAAAGUGCUAUUCAUAAUUAUCCCCCCAAAAUGCUACGAAUGGCACUGAUCUUUUUUUCCCCAUUUUAUUUACACGUUAUUUAUCACAUCAUCUGCCCGAUGUAAUGUCCCAAAGUAUAUUCAGUAUCUGGCUCCACCAUGCGUCUCUUCUACGGGCCACGUGGCUUCUAUUCUGCAAUACCAGUGGGAUUGUUAUCGAGCCACGUAAGCUUUAUUAACUGCGCUGAAUCACACAUUAGCCCAGCACAUGCUUUUUAUCCUGUUUACUGAAUUCUAUUCAUAGCACAGAGAUAAUAAGUUAAAAAGGCCCCUCGUGAGAUGCAGAGAAGCACUUGAGGUUUCAUCUUUUCAUUAUCAAAAAGCUUUCUCUCUGUGAAUGAUGCUUCAUCAUUAAGUAUUAAUGAAAGAGCUGUGGAAAAGUUUCAAGGAAUUUGCAGAGUAUGUAUUUUUCAAAAUAAGCCAAUGCGGGAUGUAUUGGGCGUGAAUGACUUCUCCUUGUAUGCACAGAAUAUCAUGUUGGACCUGGUUGAGUUUAGUUCUGGCUCCUUUUUAUUGGAUCAUAAUUCCCGUUUUAAGUCCUAGUGCGGCUGAUGGACGUAUAAAUGACUUCGUGACUUUGGCGUGCCAACACCCGGAGUGUUUACCCAGGAUGAGCUGGUCAUCUAAAGCCCCAGACUGGUUUUAUUACCACUGGUGGAAACUUGAAACUCUAAAUAUUCUGAUAUUCAGAGGGAAGUUGUGGUUGAAACUCUGUAGUUUGAUGUUCCCUAAGGUGCAUCUAUUUAUAUUCCGACUAUUCAAGCUUGCCUGCUGCGUUGAUGACCUUUACAAAAUAUUGUCACCUACAAAAUGCUCAGUUUUCCUUUACAGAUUGAAAGUCCUUUCAGAGUAAAAGUACUUUGCUUGGGAUGAUUGUUCAGCUGUGUACAUUGUGAGGAUUUCACGGUUUACACUUGUUUUCUAUUGACUGCUCAUAUCGAACCCCCCCCCCCCCCUACACACCCCUUUAUUUUCUUGGGCAGUUUGAAUGUAAACCACCAUAAUUCACAUAAUCAGCUGUAAUGUCAUUUAUCAUGUAUUUGGGUGGAGGCCCAAUUUUUCUUACAUGUGAUUUCGGACAGUUGGAUCAGCGACUAUUUGUGAUGACGGACUUGGCACCAGCAAUAUAGGGCAACCAUACCUAAAGAAUCUCGAUAUUAUCAGUACAUGUAUACAUUGCUCUUCCCUCUGUUCCGUUGCUUCGAUAGAGUUUUGAUGUCUUCAAUCCCGUCUUUAGCACAACCUUUCAUAAUCGAUGUCUUCAUCGUGCGAGGGUUUUGAUUGAUAAUAAUGAUAAACCUGUCAGCUGAGACGAGUCCGGUUGAAAUUCAGUUGCACUGCAGAAGAAAAGACAAAUGACGGCGACUCGAUUCAAUCUUGUCUUUUCAAGAUGAGCUUGAGGGACAUCAAAUGAAAUCUACAAUGUUCACAGAGCUGUACUUCUUGUUCCUUGGCACUCCAGUCCC